CACGCACAAAAUGCCGGAGGAACUCAGCAUUAGUACUCUUUUCCGUAGAUGCUGCCUGGCCUGCUGAGUUCCUCCAGCAUUUUGUGUGUGUUGCUUCUUCUACCUCCUCUCGUUCUGCACUUUUCUACCGGUUAAAAGUGACAAGGAAGUUGUCUAUGGGAAUCUUGAACACAACAGCCAGUUUUGCUGUCUCUGUCCAGAUAUUUAAGAAGUGGAACAAGGGAUUCACUCUGUCAUCCUUCCUGUUCAGACUGUGGGGAGUGAUUCACUGGAUCAUCUGACCGAUUGGCCUUCCUAUCAUUUUACACAGGGGAAAGGCCGUUCACCUGCUCAGACAGUGUGGAGGGAUUCACUCGGUCAUCUCAACUGAAGGUACAUCAGCGAGUUCACACUGGGACAAGGCCAUUCACCUGUUCUGUAUGUGAAAAGGGUUUCAGACGGUCUUCCCACCUGUGGACAUACCAGUCAGUUCACACUGGGCAGAGGCUGGUCACCUGCUGAAUUUGUGGGAAAGGAUUCACUUAGUCAUCUGUUCUAAUGGCUCACCAGCGAGUUUACACUGGGGAGAGGCCAUUCACCUGUUCAGUCUGUGGGAAGGGAUUCACUCAGUCAUCUGACCUAAUGGAUCACCAGCGAGUUCACACUGGGGAGAGGCCGUUCACCUGUUGGGACUGUCGUAAGGGAUUCACUUGCUCAUCUAAACUGAAUGUUCACCAGCGAGUUCACACUGGGGAGAGGCCAUUCACCUGCUCAGACUGUGGUAAGGGAUUCACUCGGUCAUCGGACCUACUCACACACCAGUCAGUUCACACUGGGGAGUGGCCGUUCACCUGCUCAGACUGUGGGAAGGGAUUCACUAGGUCAUCCGACCUGCUGGCACACCAGUCAGUUCACAGUGGGGAGAGGCCAUUCACCUGCUCAGACUGUGGGAAAAGAUUCAGUCAUUCAUCCACCUUACAGAGACAUAAGCGACUUCACACUGGAGAGAGGCCAUUCACCUGCUCAGACUGUGGGAAGGGAUUCACUCGGUCACCCGACCUGCUGGCGCACCAGUCAGUUCACACUGGGGAGUGGCCAUUCACCUGCUUAGACUGUGGGAAAGGAUUCACUCGGACAUCUAAACUGAAGGAACAUCAGAGAGUUCACACUGGAGACAGGCCAUUCACCUGCUCAGACUGUGGGAAGGGAUUCACUCGGUCAUCUAAACUGAAGGAACAUCAGAGAGUUCACAAUGGGGAGAGGCCGUUCACAUGCUCAGAGUGUGGGAAGGGAUUCAUUCAGUCAUCCCACCUACUGGUACACCAGUUAGUUCACACUGGGGAGCAGCCGUUCACCUGCUCAGACUGUGGGAAGGGAUUCACUUGCCCAUCUAAACUGAAAGUACAUCAACGAGGUCACACUGGGGAGAGGCCAUUCACCUGCACAGAGUGUGGGAAAGGAUUCACUCAGUCAUCACAUCUACAAGUACAUAGGUCAGUUCACACUGGGGAGAGGCCAUUCACCUGCUCAGACUGUGGGAAGGGAUUCAAAUCGUCAUCUCAUCUGAAGGUACAUCAGCGACUUCAUACUGGGGAAAGGCCAUUCACCUGUUCAGACUGUGGGAAAGGAUUCAUACAGUCAUUCCACCUACAAACACACCAGUCAGUUCACACUGGGGAGAGUCCAUUCACCUGCUCAGACUGUGGGAAAGGAUUCACUUUUCCAUCUCAAGUGAAGGUACAUCAGCAAAUUCACACUGGGGAGAGGCCAUUCACUUUCUCAGACUGUGGGAAAGGAUUCACUCAGUCAUCUCAUCUACAGAGACACCAGCGAGUUCACACUGGGUAGAGGCCGUGCCUGGCCAAACUUAAUAAAUCUCGCUGGGUGAAUACUGCGUGAUAUGUCCCCUGUUACAUUUUAGUACUCUGACAUAAACAGUACACAAUAUGUGAUCAAACAAUUGAGCUUUAUAAUUCCAACUUUGACCAUAGUGUUAGUAAAGAAAACAAUAAUAAAAGAAAAAGGGCAUGCUCUCUUCAUUCGCAUCUUCUCAUCACUCCCCAGCAAAAGACCACGAAAAACUCUCUUCCAGACACACAUGUUUUGUCAUUGGACAGCCCCACACUCCAAAAACCUGUCCUCCCCAGUCAUAAGCAAAACAUUGCUGCUACAGUGAAACCAUUACCUCAGCAGUGAAACAUUACUGAGAAGCCAUUACAUUAGCAGUGUUACACUUGUGACACACUGCUGAGUUCACACUGGGGAGACAGUUUCAGGAAACUGCAUGCUGGAUAUUUGUCCAUCACCGUUGCUGAAUGCUAUUUUGAGAGUGACUAUCGGUACUGAACUCUGCAAUUAUUGCUGCUGUUCACCACACCCAGUUCUGCACUCUGGUCACUGGGCAUUGGAGGAGUUUCUUCGGCUGCAUAUUCACCACUAAUGUGACUGGAGUUUAAUACUGUAUUCUGGAUCUGUGAUAAAUAAACCAGUUCUCUUUUAAACUCUGUCUCCAGAACUUAGUGAACUUAUAACACAACUAGUGUACAAUAGAGAGUCAACUCAGGCCUGCUGAACCCUGCAAGUGAUUCUCUUCCAUGGCAGUCCUUUUAUAUCCUCCCUUGUUGAUCACCUCUUGCUCUCCCUGUGGGAUGGGUUCCAAACAGUCACCACUCUGUGGGUGAAGAGGUUUCCCUUGAAUUUCCUGCAGACUGAAGUGGAGUUGACUGCAGUUCUGUCUGAGAUGUUCUUUGCCCCUCCAAUCUCUGGGCUGAGGAAGAAAGACUUUGGGAGUUAACCUCCUUAUUUAGGGCUCAUUUCACCAUUAUGGGUCAUUUUCCAUGCUUCUGAAGGGUUGUUGAAAACUCUACUGUACUCUAAAGACAGAAAGCAGAAUGGAAAACCAUUUGUUGGAUGUCCAAUGAAGCUGGGUCAGAAACCAGAGGCAGGUCCGCUCAGGGCAGAGUUUGGGGCUCUGGAUGAUGGUCGGGGUCAGAACGUAUGAUGAGGAGAAGGGAAUCAGCAACGAGGUGUGGCAAUGAAUGACAGAGUAGCAACAUAUGGAAGCUGAUUGACAGAAAAAGUCAUUUAUUUGUCUAACUGGUGACAAAAACAAUGUCUCUUGUAAGGUGCUCCACUGGUCGAGGAACACGUGUGUUUUGGGAAUUGUUAUAUCUAUUGAGGGAGUUGUUCCUGCUUGGUAAUCCUGAAAUAUUAUAUCCAGAUGUUUAUUAUGGAUUGUCCUAUCUGAAAUAAUAAUAUAUUCAUUAUCAUAUAAAUUGUACUUUUUGACUAAAAAUGUAUUGGGCUUGAAUUUAUGGUGCCUUUAUGAAGUGAUGGAGGGCAUUCAUGAGUUUGUAGUUUAAAGCAAGAUUUUGGUGAAUGAUAUUUGCCACUGGAUUGUACCUUUUUAAGCAAUCCGAUUGAGUUAAACUGCUGCAGGAUCCUGGAACGUGUUGGAUUGUGUCUGGUUUCUCUUUGCCUUUUCUGCACUUACUGCUUUGUUUGUUUGUAUUUCAUGAAGUUUCGAUUUGUUUUCCCUUUGUUACCCACCUCGUCCUGUAUUUCCGCAAGGAACCCCUCUGCUUCUGGGAAGAGGUGUCCUAACUCUCAGUCAGGAACUGGAGUUUAAUAUUCUGGAUC